CUAAAUUUGACCUCUGCGACAAAUCCAGUCCCAGAAACGCUGUUCCAGCCCGUCGUUGUUCGUCGUUGUUAUUGUUGGAAGCGAGCCGCCACUGCGUUGCGCUUGUCCUCGAAAAGGUUGACUCCGACGCGAAUAGCAUCGUCGAAUCGACCCUCCGCCUCCCUCCCCACGUUCGCGGGCCAGACGAGGCGAUUAGAAAUCGGCGAUAGCUGCAUCUGCCAUCUCGGGCGGAGCCGUUCUCUUCCUCCUUCCAUCGCCCCUCUCUCUUUCAACCAGAUCACUUUGAUACUCGCCCCUCUCCACUCUUAAUCAUGUCUGUGCCGGCCUUGCAGCGAGACACGGCCUUCCAGGUUCGGUCUCUGUUCCGUUCCUUGCUCCGCCAAUCUCACCAGUUCUCGAACUACAACUUCCGCGAGUACGCGCGUCGGCGCACGCUGGAUGCCUUCCGCGAGCACCAGAAGGAGUCGGAGGACCGGCGGAUACAGGAGUUGAUGCAGGAAGGACUACAGAAUUUGCGGUUGCUGAAGAGGCAAACCGUCAUCAGUCAGUUCUACCAGAUGGAUAGACUGGUCGUGGAGGGCCAGAAGACUGUAAGCACCUAGCACCGCAUGCACUCUCGAAUCGAGUUGAUCUGUCGUGGCCAUGGUGCUGAUACCGGACAGGGAGCGCAAACUGGCUCCGAAGGGAACAUUGUUCGCCAGAAGGAUACUGGCUGGGACUAAGGGAUUUUAUGUUGGAUAUCUGUUUUUCGAAGCGCGAGUCCGGAGUUGAGGACAAUUAAAGCACCAUAGGGCGUUGAUAU